AGAUACAGUUACGGCUAAGCAGCCGUAAGUGAAGGUUGUGCGAAGAGAAGUUAACAAGUAUUUACCUUAAUUAAACUGGUGUAGCCAACAAGGAUAGUGCCGUACAAACAUGAUUAUUACGACCAAAUUGGUAGCGAUAUGCUUGGGCCUAGCCCUUGUCGCUUUCACGACGUCCACGAUCGUUUUGGCCGUGCAGAAGGCGAAUUUGCAGGAUGAGCUGGAUGCGCUGAAAGACUCCCUCACCACCACCACCACUACAACAACUACAGCUGUUACUCCCACCACAGCGAGUACAAGCAGUCAGCCAGCAACAACACCAACUACAACUACACCCGCUGUAACUACAACAACCUCAUUACCUGAUACUACAACAACGGCGCCGGAAAUUAUCGACUAUAGACUGCCCGACAGCGUUUUUCCCAUCAACUAUAAUCUUUAUCUGCAUCCGGAUAUCGAGACGGGCAACUUUACCGGCCAAAUGCUCAUACGCGUGAACACCACCAGAAGUAUUGACAAAAUCGUAUUGCAUUCAAGCAAACUGGUGAUCAACAAUGUGUAUUUGUCGAGCACAAAUAAUCCAACUGUCUAUGUAAAGAACUAUUACCUGGACUUGGUGCGUGAAUUCCUGGUUAUCGAAUUGAGCGAGGAGUUGCCGGCUGAACGUGCCUUCUAUGUUGGCAUACUGUUUGAGGGCACUAUGGCUGGUAAAAUUGUUGGACUCUACAGUUCCUCGUAUCUUAAGGCGGAUAAUACGCGAAAAUAUAUAGCCACAUCUAAGUUUGAGCCCACAUAUGCGCGUCUCGCUUUCCCCUGCUUCGAUGAACCCGCCAUGAAGGCGACUUUCGAUGUGACUUUGGUAUAUCCCUCGGAGGGUGAUUACCACGCGCUCUCCAAUAUGGAUAUUGCGGGCGAAUCUUACCAAGGUAAAUAUACGGAGGUUUACUUCAACCGCAGCGUACCGAUGAGCACAUACCUGGCAUGCUUCAUUGUUUCCGACUUCAAAUUUAAAUCGGCGAUUAUCGAUACUAACGGCAUUGGCAAUCCAUUCACAUUACGUGCCUUUGCAACACCCGAGCAGCUGGAUAAAGUCGAUUUCGCCUUGGAUGUUGGCAAAACCGUGAUCGAAUAUUAUAUACAGUAUUUCCAAGUGGAAUAUCCACUACCAAAGCUGGACAUGGCCGCUAUACCGGAUUUUGUCUCCGGCGCUAUGGAGCAUUGGGGUCUGGUGACAUAUCGUGAAACCUCGUUGCUCUACGACGCGGCUGUGAGCUCGACCGUGAAUAAACAACGUGUUGCCAGCGUUAUCGCCCAUGAGUUCGCGCAUAUGUGGUUUGGAAAUUUAGUUACUAUGGAUUGGUGGAACGAUUUAUGGCUUAAUGAGGGUUUUGCGAGCUACAUUGAAGAUAAGGGCGUUGAGGCGAAGUUCCCUGAAUGGAAAAUGCGCGAUCAAUUCAUUACUGGCACUCUUCAUCCUGUACUCACAUUGGAUGCCACACUCGGUGCACAUCCCAUUAUACAAACUGUAGCGAAUCCCGAUCAAAUCACGGAAAUAUUCGAUACCAUCACCUACUCGAAGGGUGCCUCGUUAAUACGUAUGUUGGAGGAUUUCAUUGAACCAGAUAAUUUCCAAAAGGCUGUUACGAAUUACUUGAAUGAGUACAAAUAUAAGAAUGCGGUGACCGAUAACUUUUUAACAGAAAUUGAAAAAUUGAAUUUGGGUUUCGAUGUGAAAUCAAUUAUGAACACCUGGACAGAACAAAUGGGUUUGCCGGUGGUGGAGGUAGAACAAUUAAGCGCUGCCCAAUACAAAUUGACACAGAAACGCUUCUUCUCCAAUCCCGAUGACUACGAAGGCGUCUAUAAUGAUUCGCCUUUCAAUUACACCUGGUCUAUUCCAAUUACUUACAAGACGAAUACUCUUACUGACGUUAACAGAGCGUGGUUCUACUACAAUGAAUCGGAGUUAAUCAUUGAACUGAGCACAGCGCCACAAUGGAUUAAAUUCAAUUACGAUCAGAACGGUUAUUAUCGUGUCAACUAUCCAGCAGCUUUGUGGGAAAACUUGGCGAAUCAACUAAUAGAGGAUCCAACUAAAUUCUCAGUUGGCGAUCGUGCGGGUCUCCUCAACGAUGCUUUCUCGCUAGCCGACGCCACUCAACUCUCCUAUGAUACAGCGCUCGAUAUGACUGCAUACCUAGCUAAGGAGGUGGAUUAUGUACCUUGGAGUGUGGCUGCAUCGAAGCUUACCUCACUUAAACGUCUGCUGAUGUUUACAGAGGUGUUUGGCAAUUACAAGCAAUAUGCACGCGAAUUGAUCAAGCCAAUUUAUGAGAGCGUUACGUGGACGGUGGGCGAAGAUCAUUUACAGAACCGCUUACGUGUCACGAUUCUCUCAGCCGCCUGUUCGCUCGGUCUUGACGAUUGUCUAAAUGAAGCGAGUGUACGCUUCAACGCUUGGCUGGCAAAUCCUGACACCCGCCCACAUCCGGAUAUACGUGAAACUAUCUACUAUUAUGGCGCCUUUGGUGCUAAUGAAAGUGCUUGGCAAACCAUGUGGAAUCUUUUCGUAAGCGAAGCGGAUGCCAGUGAGAAAUCGAAACUAAUGUACGGUCUGUCGGCUGUACAAGUGCCAUGGAUACUGGGCAAUUACAUUAAUCUCGCUUGGGAUGAGAACAAUGUGCGUGGUCAAGAUUACUUUACUUGCAUACAAUAUAUUGCUGCUAAUCCGGUGGGUGAACCCAUUGUCUGGGAUUAUGUGCGCGAACAUUGGCCGGAUCUGGUGGACCGUUUCGGUUUGAAUGAACGCUAUUUGGGCAGCAUGAUACCAUCGAUAACCGCGCGUUUCGAUACACAAACGAAGUUGGAGGAGAUGCAACAAUUCUUCGCUAAAUAUCCGGAAGCCGGUGCGGGCGCUGCGGCGCGUGUGCGUGCGCAGGAAACCGUUAAGAACAACAUUGCAUGGUUGGCGAACAACAAAGCCAAUAUUGCAGCGUGGUUAGAGAAAAACUCAGCAUUGCUGACAGCUAAAGUUAUUGCAAUAUGCCUUGCACUUGCCACAACGGCUUUCAUGGUCUCAACCAUUGUUCUGGCCGUACAGAAGGCGGACUUAGAAGAUGAAUUACAAGAUGCUUUAGAUAAAUUAGACGCAACCACGCUACCCACUACACUGCCCACAACGCCUACGACGCUUACGACGCCUACAACGCUAACAACGCUUACGACUGCAGCACCAAACAAUCCAACACAAACUACUGCUCAGCCUGGCAAUCCAACGGAUCCAACCAGUCCAACGACAGUCACUGUUCCAACACCGACAGAGACUUCCACGCAAACCACACGUACCACACACGGUGCUGUAAUUCCCACCAUGACUGUGCCGAGUACAGAGUCGACUGCCGUAACCUCGAAUCCCAAUUAUCCAACACUACCACCUGGACUGCCAAAUCCCGAAGAGAUUAUUUAUCGUCUGCCAACCGAUAUUCGUCCAGUCAAGUAUCGUAUUUAUUGGCAUCCGAAUUACGAAACGAACACCUGCGAAGGUUCCGUGACCGUACAAAUCGAAAUUGAUGUGCCCACAAAUUUGGUUGUGUUGCACGCGAAGGAUCUGGAGAUCGGCGGUAUAACAAUUCUCAAUGUAAUGGCAUAUAUGCGCAUUCGUGUGAAGGCGUUUACCUUGAGUGAGGAACGUGAACUACUCAUCAUCGAAUUGGAGGAGCUGUUGCGUACGGGCACACCAUAUGUGGUUAAUAUUGAUUUCACCUGCCAAUUGAGUGGCUUAAGUGGCAUGUACUCAAGUACUUACAAGGAUGAAACAAAUGCAGACAGAAUGUACCCGCAAUCAAAAGUGCCACCGGUUCGGCCGCGUUCCAGUUUAUCAACAGACGAUCAUCAUUACCGCAUACGUGACUGUGAUGCACGACAUGUACGCAAAAAACCGAAUAACGCGUUCAUAACACUUGUCGGUUUUUGUUUGGUACUUUUCGUGCUGUGCGCAUUCCUAUUGGGCGCGCUCAUUUACGUCGGUAGAAAUAUUGUGAACGCGCCCGCUUAUACGUCAGCCGCUGUGGCAACACCGGCAGCCGGCGAAUAUUUGACAAAUGAACAGCUGAUAUCACCAGCAAAUUUAUCAAUUUUGCGAAUUAGAACAACAACGGAUUAUUCCACAUCCUCGGCGACGCGUCCAACGUCCAAUAACAAUAUGAAAUCAGCAACUUUAGCCAUUGAACCAGCCAUAGCAGCCGCUUCCAAAGUAUUGCAGAAAUUAAGUUUUCGUCUGCCAAAAGAAAUUAAACCACACCAGUAUAAAUUACUUUUACAACCCGAUUUGGUGAAUAAAACAUAUCAAGGCAGUAUUACAAUUAAAUUGGAAGUGUUGAAACCAAUUUCAUAUAUACCAGUCCAUGCGAAAACAUUGAAUGUAACCACAGAAGAGGUGGUGCAGCUGGGUGAAGCCGAUGCGCCACUCAAUAAACUGACACCCACCUUGACCUUUGCACACCCAGCUUUGGAAUAUUGGGUGACGGAAUUCACAGAUCCUUUACAAGUCGGCAACUAUUCAUUACGUUUGGCAUUUAACGGUUCGCUCACUGACCGUAUUGUUGGUUUUUAUGCAUCUUCAUAUUUGGAUACCAAAACAAAUCAGCGCAGAUGGAUAGCCACCACAAAAUUCGAACCGACUUAUGCGCGUACUGCGUUCCCUUGCUUUGAUGAACCGGCGCUGAAGGCCUCCUUUAUCAUCACAGUAGUACGCCCCACCAAUGGUGGCUACCACGCGCUGUCCAAUAUGCCUGUUCAAAGUGAAGAGGUGAACGGUGAUCUUACGGAAGUAACAUUCGAACAAAGUGUACCGAUGAGCACCUAUUUGGCCUGCAUGAUUGUAUCCGAUUUUGCGUCUCAAUCUAAGACCGUUAAUGGUACCUUAUCUGGUGCUCAAGAUUUUGAGAUGCGCGUUUUCGCAACAUCCAAUCAAAUUGAGAAGGUUUCUUAUGCUUUAGAAACCGGUGUUGGCAUUACGGAAUAUUACAUUGACUAUUUCAAAGUAACAUAUCCAUUGCCCAAACUGGAUAUGGCUGCCAUACCAGAUUUUGUUUCGGGUGCCAUGGAACAUUGGGGAUUGGUGACAUACCGUGAGACCGCGCUGCUAUAUGAUCCAACAAUCAGUUCGAGUGCAAAUAAACAGCGUGUGGCUACAGUGGUGGCGCAUGAAUUGGCACAUAUGUGGUUCGGAAAUUUGGUGACCAUGAAAUGGUGGAAUGAUUUGUGGUUGAAUGAAGGUUUCGCCAGCUAUAUUGAGUACAAGGGUGUGAAUAAAGUGCAUCCCGAAUGGGCUAUGCUGGAUCAAUUCAUUGUUGCUGAUCUGCAUGAUGUACUCGAACUGGACGCCACCUUGGCGUCACAUCCCAUUGUGCAAACGGUGGAAAGCCCUGCGCAAAUUACAGAGCUUUUCGAUAGUAUUACAUAUUCGAAAGGUGCCUCCGUUAUACGUAUGCUGGAAGAUUUGGUGGGUGAGGAGAAAUUCCGCAAUGCUACCACGAACUACCUUACUAAAUUCUACUAUGCCAAUGCUGAGACAGACGAUUUCUUAACCGAAAUCGAAGCAUUUGAAUACGAUUUCGAUGUGAAAUUAAUUAUGCAAACAUGGACUGAACAAAUGGGCUUGCCGGUUGUUGAGGUUAAGAAGGAUGGCAAUACGUAUACGCUUACACAAAAGCGCUUCCUAGCAAAUCCAGAAGACUACAGUGCCGAUUUUGAAGUAUCCAAGUUUAACUACCACUGGUCCAUACCGAUAACUUAUUUCACGAGCGAGAACGUCGAGGUUGCACGCACAAUCUUUAAUUAUAACGAUAAUGAAGUUAAAAUAACGCUGACUAACGCUGUCGAUUGGAUUAAGAUCAAUAAAAAUCAAGUCGGUUAUUAUCGUGUAAAUUAUGCACCCGAACAAUGGCAAGAACUGACAAAUGCGCUGAUUAAUGCACGCGGUCAGUUUAGCAAUGCCGAUCGUGCGCAUCUCAUCAAUGAUGUCUUCUCCUUAGCCGAUGCCGCACAAUUGGAAUACAGUAUUGCAUUGAACUUGUCACUCUACUUAGAAAAUGAACUGGAUUAUGUGCCAUGGAGUGUUGCCAGUGCGCGCCUUUCAGAUAUCAGAAGUCUACUCUACUAUACCGAUUCAUAUCGUGACUUUGUCGUUUUCGGACGGAAAUUACUUGCGCAGGCUUAUGAAAAUGUUGCGUGGAAUGUUAGCGACGAUCAUUUGGACAAUUUGGCACGUGUUAAAAUACUAAGUCUAGCUGGCAGAUUCGACUACCAACCAAUGUUGACUGAAGCUGCCACACGCUUUACGGAGUGGUUAAGUAAUCCUAGCGUAAGACCCGAUCCUGAUAUACGCACGAUUGUAUAUUAUUAUGGCAUGCAAAGUGUGGGCAAUGAAAAUUCUUGGAAUCAAGUGUGGGAAUUGUUUAUCAAUGAGUCGGAUGCGCAAGAGAAAGUCAAAUUAAUGGAAGCUUUAGCGGCGGUGAACUCACCAUGGAUUUUGCAACGUUACAUCAAUUUGGCCUGGAAUGAGAGCUAUGUACGCGGCCAAGAUUACUUCACUUGCCUUACUUACAUUUCCAACAAUCGCAUUGGUCAAAGUUUAGUGUGGGAUUAUGUACGCGAGAAUUGGCCACGUUUGGUUGAACGUUUUGGCAUCAACGAACGUUAUCUCGGCCGUUUAAUACCAUCAAUUACAGCAAGGUUUGUUACACAAACAAAAUUGGAAGAAAUGGAAGCAUUCUUUGCGAAAUAUCCUGAAGCGGGUGCUGGCACAGCUGCACGCAAGCAAGCAUUGGAAACAGUCAAAUUCAAUAUUAAAUGGCUGCAACAGAAUAAGGCGCAAAUAACUCAAUGGUUGGCCGAGCAAAAAGCGGCAGAUGCAAGUGCGACCACUGAAUCCUCUACAACAACAACGGAAGCUACUCGCAUUUAAGCGUCGCCACAGCAUUUGUUUUUUAUCCACCCAAAGUCAUCAUAGCGUGAAUUUAUGAAAGCUUUUGUUUAUUUUUAUAUAAAUAUAAAUAGUAUUUUAACAGAUGUAUGAAUUUAUGUAAAUACUUUAAUGAAAGUGUAUAUAUUGUUAACUUUUGUUGAAGUCGAAUAUUGGAAAUGAAGACAAUAAAAAGGAAUUGUUUGUACAAUUACAAGAAUUUGUUGCGAAA